AUGUGUGCAUGUGUGCGUGUGUGCGCGCGUGUGUCCCACACACUCCGGGGCGCCGGAUCUGGGGGGCUGUGGCGCGCCCGUCCGAGGGGCUGUGUGCAGGUACCGGCCCAGGCCCUGACUCCUUGAAGAGAGAUGAAGAAACCGAGAUUCAGAGAGGUUCAGACACUUGCCCCAGGUCACACAGCUAGUCUCUCCCACUCCUGCCUCCCCCCUGCACCAUGGCUCCAGGCCCCUUCUCCUCCGGGCUCUUCUCGCCACCACCUGCUGCUCUUCCCUUUCUGCUGUUGCUCUGGGCAGGAGCAUCUCGCAGCCAGCCCUGCCCCGGUCGCUGCAUCUGUCAGAACGUGGCACCUACGCUGACCAUGCUGUGUGCGAAGACGGGCCUGCUCUUCGUGCCACCCGCCAUCGACAGGCGUGUGGUAGAGCUGCGGCUCACUGACAACUUCAUUGCGGCUGUGCGUCGUCGAGACUUCGCCAAUAUGACCAGCCUGGUCCACCUCACCCUGUCUCGCAACACCAUUGGCCAGGUAGCAGCCGGCGCCUUUGCUGACCUCCGGGCUCUCCGGGCCCUGCACCUUGACAGCAACCGCCUGGCAGAGGUGCGAGGGGAUCAGCUCCGGGGCUUGGGUAACCUCCGCCACUUGAUCCUCGGCAACAAUCAGAUCCGUAAGGUGGAGUCGGCAGCCUUUGAUGCCUUCCUAUCCACCGUGGAGGACCUGGAUCUGUCCUACAACAACCUGGAGGCACUGCCAUGGGAGGCGGUGGGUCAGAUGGUGAACUUGAACACCCUCACGCUGGACCACAACCUCAUUGAUCACAUUGCGGAGGGCACCUUCGUGCAGCUGCACAAACUUGUGCGCUUGGACAUGACCUCCAACCGUCUACAUAAAUUGCCCCCCGACGGACUGUUCCUGAGGUCCCAGGGCGGUGGGCCCAAGCCACCUACCCCAUUGACGGUCAGCUUCGGUGGCAACCCGCUGCACUGCAACUGUGAACUGCUUUGGCUUCGGCGCCUGACCAGGGAGGACGACUUGGAGACGUGUGCCACGCCCGAGCAUCUCACUGACCGCUAUUUCUGGUCCAUCCCGGAGGAGGAAUUUCUAUGUGAGCCCCCGCUCAUCACACGGCAAGCAGGGGGCCGCGCUCUGGUGGUAGAGGGCCAGGCUGUCAGUCUGCGCUGCCGGGCUGUGGGUGACCCCGAGCCCGUGGUGCAUUGGGUGGCACCUGAUGGGCGGCUGUUGGGGAACUCCAGCCGGACUCGGGUCCGUGGUGACGGAACGCUGGAUGUGACUAUCACCACCCUGAGGGACAGCGGUACCUUCACUUGCAUAGCCUCCAAUGCUGCGGGGGAAGCCACGGCACCUGUGGAGGUGUGUGUGGUACCUCUGCCACUGAUGGCGCCCCCACCUGCUGCCCCGCCGCCUCUCACCGAACCUGGUUCUUCUGACAUCGCCACACCAGGCAGACCUGGUGCCAACGACUCAGCCACUGAGCGCAGGCUUGUGGCUGCUGAACUCACGUCCAGCUCUGUGCUCAUCCGCUGGCCGGCCCAGAGGCCAGUGCCUGGCAUCCGUAUGUACCAAGUGCAAUACAACAGCUCUGCGGAUGACUCCCUAGUCUACAGGAUGAUCCCUUCUACCAGCCAGACCUUCCUAGUGAAUGACCUGGCGGCUGGCCGCGCCUAUGAUUUGUGUGUGUUGGCAGUCUACGACGACGGGGCCACCGCUCUGCCGGCUACCAGAGUGGUGGGCUGUGUGCAAUUCACCACCGCGGGAGAUCCUGCACCAUGCCGCCCGCUGAGGGCCCACUUCUUGGGCGGCACCAUGAUCAUCGCCAUCGGGGGCGUCAUCGUAGCCUCGGUCCUCGUUUUCAUCGUUCUGCUCAUGAUUCGCUACAAGGUGUACGGCGAUGGGGACAGCCGCCGCAUUAAGGGGACGUCCAGGACGCCCCCUCGGGUCAGCCACGUGUGCUCUCAGACCAACGGCGCAGGUGCGCAGCAGGCCUCCGCCCCACCAGCUCCAGACCGCUACGAGGCGCUGCGGGAGGUGGCUGUCCCUGCAGCCAUCGAGGCAAAGGCCAUGGAGGCCGAGGCGACUUCCACUGAGCUAGAGGUGGUGCUUGGACGCUCUCUGGGUGGCUCCGCCACCUCGCUGUGCUUGCUGCCCUCCGAGGAAACUUCUGGGGAGGAAUCUAGGGCCAUGACCGGCCCUCGAAGGAGCCGUUCGGGGGCCUUGGGGCCUCCAACUUCAGCGCCCCCAACGCUAGCUCUGGUUCCUGGGGGAGCCCCGGCCCGGCCGAGGCCACAACAACGCUAUUCCUUCGACGGGGACUACGGGGCGCUGUUCCAGAGUCACAGUUACCCGCGCCGCGCCCGGCGGACAAAGCGCCACCGGUCCACGCCACACCUGGACGGGGCCGGAGGGGGCGCGGCCGGGGAGGACGGAGACCUGGGGCUGGGCUCCGCCCGGGCACGCCUGGCCUUCACCAGCACCGAAUGGAUGCUGGAGAGUACCGUGUGAGCGACGGGCGCACGGGCACCGGGACGCCUGUGGGCCGCACUUAGUUGCCCAGCCCGGCCGGAUGCGGGGGAGGCUGGAGAGAAGGGACGCGCGAGGGGCGGGGCCGGCCUUCCUCGGGAUUGGUGGCAGGUCGCCGGCCUCUCCGACUCCACUCCUCUGCCCCGUCCCCCGCGCGCUCGCGGACCUCGCCGGAGCCGGUGCCUUACACAGCGAAGCGCGGGGAGGGGCGGGGCCCCCCCACACUGCAGCACUGAGACACGAGUCCCCUACCCUACCCGGGACCCUGGGGCAGGGGCGAGGGGCCCAUUCCUUGUAUCUGGCUGGACUAGAUCUCUUCUGCCCCGCGGCGGCCUCCAAAGCCUCCAGUCCCCUCACUCAGCCCCAUCCCUGGUCCCACCAGUCUGGUUUGGAGGGAGGGGCUUCUCCUUUUUUUCCUCCUACGUCCUUGUCUUUCCUGCCCUCUGUCGUCUGUUUUAAGUCCUUCCCUACUUGUCUCCCUUUUUUUCUGUCCCAUGGUCGUCUCUUCUCCCUCCGCCCUCCCUUGUUUAUUUUUUUUGUCCAGUGUCCUUGUCUUUCCCGGUUCCCUGUCCUCACCAUCUUCCGGGCAGGUCCCACAGAAGGACCAGACUCUUCUCUCUACCUUCCUUAGCCCCACAAUGAAUCCCCACACAAACAAAAACCAA